AUGGAGGUCAUAACCAGCAUUUUCAACUAUUUCUGGGCGUUACCGGCUAUGGUUAAGAUUCUCAUCGUCAGCUUGAUAGUUAUGGAUGUUGCGUUCUCAACCCUCUACGGAAUUACUGGCAAAUACAAGAAACUGUACAAGCUGGUGUUCCCCAAGCAGAAGAAGCAGUACAAGAAGUCCGGCGGCAAGAACUCUUAUAAAGCCGGAAAGGCCAAC